AUGAUCUGUAGAGGAGCUGGUGAAGCCCAAAUAAAUAAUGUUAAAGUCAAAGAUACAGAGGGAGAAGAAGAGACGUAUGUGACUGAUAUAAAGGCAGAAGAUAUAGAGGGAGAAGAAGAGACGUAUGUGACUGAUAUAAAGACAGAAGAUAUAGAGGGAGAAGAAGAGACGUAUGUGACUGAUAUAAAGGCAGAAGAUAUAGAGGGAGAAGAAGAGACGUAUGUGACUGAUAUGAAGGCAGAAGAUAUAGAGGGAGAAGAAGAGACGUAUGUGAGGGGUGAUCAGCAGUGUAAGGAGGAGGAGAUCCCUACAGAUAUCAGCACAGCAGAUAGACACACAAGCAGGAAUAUCUCAGAAGGACAUCUAAUGUUAUCCCCGGAUUGUGACAUAAAAGAUAAUGACAGUAUACAGGAUUCUCCAGGAGAUAACCCCAUUACCCCAAUCAUACAUCCAGCUCUAUCAGCUGAUCCCCCUGAUCCUGGGAAAUGUUCUCCUGAUCACUCUGAAAUUGGUGCAUCUGUUCCAGCUCUGACAGUAGAUACAGUGUUUCCGUGUUCUAUAGAUGCCAAAUGUUUUACACAGAACACAAAGCCUAUUAACCCACACACAGGUAAGGCAGGUGAAAGGCCAAUAAUAUGUUCUGAGUGUGGGAAAUGUUUUACAUACAUAUCAGAUCUUGUUAUACAUCAGAGAAGUCACACAGGUGAGAAGCCAUAUCCAUGUUCUGAGUGUGGGAAAUUUUUUACACAGAAAUCAGAUCUUCUUACACAUCAGCGAAGUCACACAUGUGAGAAGCCAUUUGCAUGUUCUGAGUGUGGGAAAUGUUUUACACAGAAAUCAGAUCUUAUUGCACAUCAGCGAACUCACACAGGCGAGAAGCCAUUUCCAUGUUCUGAGUGUGGGAAAUGUUUUGCACACAAAUCAGAUCUUGUUAGACAUAACAGAAAUCUCACAGGUGAGAAGCCAUUUUCUUGCUCUGAGUGUGGGAAAUGUUUUGUACGUAAAUCACAUCUUGUUAUACAUUACAGAAGUCACACAGGUGAGAAGCCAUUUUCUUGCUCUGAAUGUGGGAAAUGUUUUACACAGAAAUCAGAUCUUAUUGCACAUCAACGAACUCACACAGGUGAGAAGCCAUUUCUAUGUUCUGAGUGUGGGAAAUGUUUUACACAGAAAUCAGAUCUUAUUACACAUCAGCGAACUCACACAGGUGAGAAGCCAUUUCCAUGUUCUGAGUGUGGGAAAUGUUUUACACAGAAAUCAGAUCUUAUUACACAUCAGCGAACUCACACAGGUGAGAAGCCAUUUCCAUGUUCUGAGUGUGGGAAAUGUUUUGCACACAAAUCAGCUCUUGUUAGACAUAACAGAAAUCACACAGGUGAGAAGCCAUUUUCUUGCUCUGAGUGUGGCAAAUGUUUUACACGGAAAUCAUAUCUUGUUAUACAUCAGAGAAGUCACACAGGUGAGAAGCCAUUUCUAUACUCUGAGAAAUAAAUCAGCUCUUGUUGCACACAAUAGACAUCACUCAGGUGAGGAACCAUUUUAAUCUUCUGGAGUAUACUUAUCAUUGCCAUGCGUUGUUCUUCAAGGUUCCUAUCCUAUCUCCUAUGCUUUUUGCAAUAUACAUGUUACCACUGAGUGAAAUAAUCAGAUGUCAUGCCCUCAUCUACCACUGCUAUGCAGAUGACCUGUCUUUUGCUCUGGGUACUGAGAACCCAGUACCAAUCCUAAAUGGUUGUCUAGCUGAGCUCCAGGUGUGGGUGAUGCCAGUUGGCUGUGACUCAGUACUGGUGAAACAUGUCCUUAUGAUAGAAGCUCACCAACAAAGGGCAGGGCUACAGCUCAGCUUUGCUACCAGCCAGACUUACACUUGGGGGUUCAGGGUUACAUAAUGCUGAUCAUGGGCGGACUCUUUGUGUCCUGGAUGGUGGAGUGACACGGAGACAUCAGGUAUCAGCCACGAUCAGAUCCUCAUCUGAGGAACAUAGCCAGACUCCAGCCCUUAUUUCCCUCAGAAGAUCUUCCUACAGUCAUACAUUCACUUGUAUCAGCACACAUAGACUACUGCAAUGUCCUCUACCUGGGUCUCCCAGCAAUAGAAUUGCACCGCUUGUAGCUUGUACAGAAUGCAGCAGCCAGGCUGUUACCUAACCAGCCCAUUCCUGCCACAUAACACCCAUUCUCUGCUCCCUUCACCGGCUGCCUGUAAGAUGGUGACUUACAUAAUCUUACUGACUCUCCCAGCCCUACAUGACCAGGGUCCAUGGUACCAGAAGCAGCUUCUGCCUCCUUACUGCCCGGUUACUACCAUCUGCAGAUGAAGGACUGUUACCAGCAGUACCGAGAAACCCCAAGAAGUUCUGAGAUGUCAGGGGGAAGACAGGGUGGUGGCACUAGUGCUGCAGUGGGGGCUGCCGGAGGCAGUGUCUGUGAGAAUCUUGUCCUCAAGCAGCGCUAAGGUGUCAGAGGGGGAGACAGGGCAGUGGCAGUAGUGGGGAAGACAGU